CCCGCGUGCACGCGUCGCGCUCCACAGUCCUUCGCACGAUCGAAUCGAAGCCUUCGGAGGCUCUCCUCUGCUCAUGAGGACCCCUGGAGUGAGACACAGGACUUGGAUGAACAGUUCAUAAGGAGUUUCUGUCAUGCCAAAUGUGAAAGUGAUGUGCGAAAUUGUUUUCCGAAUUUGUUUGUUUACGAAGCUGCUAGUAUUAGUGAAAUUGCUGUAAUUACUGUUAUUACUGAGCAUAAUAUUACUAGAUUACUCAUAAUGUGUAUUAUUGACUAAUAACAUUGUGGAUUUACGUACAAAUAUUCCUACAAUUCCUAAAAGGAGCUAUUAACAUUUUACUAUGUAGGUUUGCAAAUCGCGAGAAAACCCAUUCAAAAGUAACGGACCCCAAGAUUAUUCCCAGCGCUUGGAUCCUAAUUACAGUGAUAGUGCCCAUAAAUCUACAGCAUAUUGAAAAUAGAAGUGCAAACUCAGAUAAAGUAAAAAUAAGUGCUGCUCCUAAUGAUGGAACGCCACCGAUUGAUGACUAUAAAGAUGUCCAUGAGGAAACUGAAGUGACUAGAUAAGAUGGGUAAGAGGUGAAUGGUGCGAGUACCAGUGAUGCAUUGGUGCGUGCUGGUGGCGGCUAUGGCCGUGGUGGCCGUCACCAUGGCGGGCUCUGGACCCCGCCGCUGCGCCGGGAGGAUCGCCCGGGAACGGCUCAAGGCGGCAGAGAAGAUCAGAGACAAGAGGUACUAUCUUCUGUGCUGCGCUCCAGCGUGCGCCACGCAGAGGAGGCCGAGACCACCACCCUCGAUUAGAAGAUACCAACCGUACCACAAAACUUGGUACGGACUCAAAUACGGCUGCAACUGCUCGAAGCUCGGCUCGGAGAGCAACGCGUGCGACAUCCGCACGGGGCAGUGCCGCUGCAAGCCCCACGUCACCGGGAGAGCCUGCGACACUUGUGAGGAAGGCUACUGGGGCCUGCACGGCGGCGGGUGCCGGCGGUGCGCGUGCGGCGCGGGCGCGGCGGCGUGCGACCCGGUGUCGGGCGCGUGCGCGUGCGCAGCGGGCGUGGGCGGCGCACAGUGCGACGCGUGCCUGCCCGGGUACUAUGGGUUCGGGCCCGCUGGCUGCUUACGUAAGUGUUUAGCUAAGGAAGGCUACUGGGGCCUGCACGGCGGCGGGUGCCGGCGCUGCGCAUGCGGCGCGGGCGCGGCGGCGUGCGACCCGGUGUCGGGCGCGUGCGCGUGCGCAGCGGGCGUGGGCGGCGCGCAGUGCGACGCGUGCCUGCCCGGGUACUAUGGGUUCGGGCCCGCUGGGUGCUUACCUUGUCCAAAAUGCAUGGACGGCAAGGUGUGUUCUCCGGACAGCGGGCGCUGCGUGUGCCCGCCGCGGUCCCGCGGGCCGGGCUGCAAGCUGUGUGCCCCCGGGUACUACUCGCGGCCCAACACCUUAGGAUGCCACGCUUGCAGGUGCGGCCCUGGUGCUGUGUCAAACCAGUGUGACCCCCAAUCCGGGCAGUGCAAGUGCAAGCUGGGCUGGGUUGGUGCGGAGUGCGACCGCUGCGCCGCCGGCCACUUCGGGCCCAAAUGUAGACCGUGUCUCUGCCACGCGGACGGAACCAAAGACUGCGAAGACGGCGUGUGCCCGUGCGAUGAGGAGGGGCGGUGUCCUUGUAAGGAAAACGUAGUAGGCGACAAGUGCGACCAGUGCCUCGAAGGCACCUUCGGUCUGUCAGCGGCCAGCCCGUCGGGCUGCACGGCGUGCUUCUGCUUCGGGCGCGCCGCGCGCUGCACGCAGGCCGCGCUCUCCCGCGCCGCCGUGCACGCCGCCGCGCCGCAACACGUCACGUUGUUGAAGGGAGACCAGAAUGUUACCAUGGACAUAGACAAACCCUUCACCAUCCACCCUCAACACCCAGACACAACCAUCUCCCUCCCCUGGCCGCCUGUCCCCGUAUACGUGGCGUUAGACCGGCGGUUCCUGGGCGACCGUGUGACGUCAUAUGGCGGCGCCAUGCGGUUUACGGUGGAAGAGGAGGGGGGUGAGGAGCUGCCAGUGGAUACCAUGGCGCUGUUCCCGCUAGUCAAGAUUGAAGGGAACGGGAUUGUGCUGAAUCAUUAUCAGCGAGUACCAGCGCUGAACGGUACAUACGCGGUGCGCCUCCACGAGUCGCUAUGGGAAGUCCGAGGACAAGGAGCCCUCGCUACCAGACCCGCCAUCAUGGCCGCUCUUCAGAACGUGGAGCGAAUACUACUCCGAGUCACCACCAGGGCGCCGACUUACUACGACCACGUGCACGCCUUGCUUCUAAACGUGUCCCUAGACACAGCCAUCCCCGGUCUCAGCCGGUCAGAGCCGGCGCUCGGCGUGGAACUGUGCGAGUGCUCCGAGCGGUACUCAGCACCGUCGUGCCAGGAGCCCGCCAUUGGCUUCUGGAUGCCCCGGCAGCGGGUCCACAUCGUCAACGUGGCGGGGACUAUCGUCAUCAACUUAGAAGGGGACGCGCAGCCCUGCAGGUGCAAUGGCAGGGCUGACAAGUGUAACCCGAAGACUGGAGCUUGCUUGUGGUACGAGUACAACGCCGAGGCGUUGUCGUGCCAGGAGCCCGCCAUCGAGUUCUGGAUGCCAAGACAGAGGAUCAGGGCACGUCAGGGUCACCAACGUGGCGGGGACUAUAGUUAUCAACUUAGAAGGGGACGCGCAGCCCUGCAGGUGCAAUGGCAGGGCUGA